GUGCCAUGCGCACUGGCGGUUGUUGUUGUUGAGCUGGUUGUUAUGGCUGGACAAGGCCUCGGAAUAAACUGAGAGGACCCCCGCACCACCCCGUCUCAGCUACGGGACUCCCGUCACCCAUGGAGGGCACGGACAUGGACGUGGACGCGGAGCUCAUGCAGAAAUUCAGCUGCAUGGGCACCACGGACAAGGACGUCCUCAUUUCGGAGUUUCAGAGGCUGCUGGGCUUUCAGCUCAACCCAGCCGGUUGCGCCUUCUUCCUGGACAUGACCAACUGGAACCUACAGGCAGCUAUUGGUGCAUAUUAUGACUUUGAAAGUCCCAACGUCAACACGCCAUCCAUGUCCUUUGUUGAAGAUGUGACAAUUGGGGAGGGAGAGUCUGUUCCUCCAGAUACACCCUUCACAAAGACCUGGAGGAUACAAAACACAGGUGCAGAGUCGUGGCCACCUGGGGUUUGUCUCAAAUACAUUGGAGGGGAUCAGUUUGGGCAUGUAAACGCAGUUAUGGUGAAGUCUCUAGACCCCCAGGAAAUAUCAGAUGUCAGUGUCCAGAUGCGAAGUCCCACAAACCCAGGCAUGUACCAGGGCCAAUGGAGGAUGUGCACAGCAACAGGAUUAUUUUAUGGAGAUGUAAUCUGGGUAAUUCUUAGUGUAGAAGUUGGCGGUCUCCUCGGCGUGACCCAGCAGUUAUCCUCCUUCGAGACAGAGUUCAACACCCAACCCCAGCGCAAUGUGCAGGGAGAUUUCAACCCUUUUGCCUCACCACAGAAGAACAAGCACGACGCCACUGACGACAGCUUCAGAGAUCCUGGUGGAGCGUGGGAACGCACACAAGAGCAAAUACAGCAAGAUCAAAAUGGACUGUCUCAUAAUGCUGUAAAUAGGGCGUCAAAUGGUCUUCAAACCAAUCUUUCUGUGGUGACAUAUGGUCAGGGUAUUCACGGACCCUAUCCAUUUGGACAGAGCUAGGAAGACAAAGACCCCCCCAAGGCGGAGGAUGAGCGAAGCACCCUGGGAGUCCUUAAAAAGCAGAGGAGCUAGAGGGGGGGGAGGAACAGUUGUUUUAUAUUGACUCAUGACCACCCUCUCCCCCGACCCGUGGCCCGUUUCCACAGAAACACAAACUACAGUGAGGUGUUGGAUUACAUCCGCUACGAAAAACAUCCCACCUGACAUCGACACCCGGAUUCGCAUGUGUGAAUGCUUCAUUUAAGAGUGCUAUAAACCCUUAAAAAUAGAUACACAUCAUUCUUUUUUGUUUCCACUGCAAAACACACCCCUACUUAAAGGGAAAAUCAACCCUAAACAAUUUACAUACGACUUGUUGAUCCACGCUGGGGGGGGGGGUUUGAAUAAUAACGCAAGUGAGAAUGUCUCACCAGGGUUCCUACACAGGUGCAAAGUGUUUGAAGUGUCAUGACAACAUAAAAUACUGUUUACAGUUGAGUUUUUUUUUAGGCCUUCAAAGCAAUUGU